AUGGUUCGGACAAUACGGACUUGUGACGCUUGUCAAAGUCGCUUUAUCUCUUUCGCCAAUAAGAAACUAUGCACAGAAUGUAGGACAGCUGAAAACAGCGAUGUAGAAGUUGCUUUCAAAUGUUCGACCUCAGCACCAAAGCGAUUGGCUUUUUCGAACGAAAGCAGCAGCAGCUUGAGUAGUCCAGAGUCAGUUGUUGCGAGGCAAGAUGCUAAGAUCACAGAAGAAGAAUUAAGGCCAUCCAAUUCGCCACAAGAGUGCGAAGCAAUCGAUUUUUGCAGCCCAGAAGUGAAAGUAAACGAAAACAGAAGCGCCGACGAUGAAAAUGAAUCUAAACUUCAGAUUCUUGAUGACGACAUUGAUAACGGCAAUAACGACUAUGGUGGCGCUGGCGUUAGUGAAGGUGAAGAUGAAGUACAUUGUACGCAGCUACCGAACGAUAGCGAUGACGAAGGAGAUGGUGAAGAAGAAGUGCAAGUCGUGGAAGUCGACAACAGUAGCAAUCAUCGUGGACAAGAUCAGCAGGAGGAAUCCAACGUGGCCAAUGGUAACAUCGCUGGUAGCAUAAAUGAUUUAGGCGCAGAAUCAUCGCACCAGGAAACAAAUACGAGUGACUUUCUACAGAGUUCCAAGAAUAAUGACAUAUGCUUCAUCUGUGGCGCCGAUUUGACCAAACUCAAGAGACGAGUGGACCACAUCAAGCGAUGCAGCAAGAAACACGGAAUUACAGGACGAGAUGUAAAAAUUAACAACGAUCAUGAAGAAUUUGUCGAUAUCGAGCAUCUCCAACAAAAGGAGACCGCAAAACCGACGAACAAUCCUUACUCAAAAUUUCGAGAGAGUGAUUGGCAUGGAAAUGCAACCAAGAUGCUUCAGGAGGAAGCAAACAACGAUGCUGCAUGGUCCUCUGUGGCAGUAUCAGCACAACCAGUAGCGGCGGUAGCAGCGAUUGCUGGCGACGACAAACGUGCUACCAAACAGACAACGCUUGCUUCAUUUGUCAAGAUGCCUAUUCGAAACCUGAACAACGUUCUUUUGAAUGGGGCCAGAAGGAUCUCCAAACUAGGUGAGAUCACCAACCAAAGGGCAGCGACUCGAAAGGAUAAUGUGACACCUUCGAACUCCCGCAAACGAAGACGAUCGGGCAACAGCAACUUCUCGUCAUCGACGAGGUCGUGUCCACUCUACAAACGUAUCACUGGAACCGAUUUUGUUUGCGAUGGUUUCCAGUAUGCCAAGAGUGCUCAGACAAACAAUCACUUUCUCACCCAUUUCCAUGCUGAUCAUUAUGGGGGUAUCACUUCCGGCUGGAGCCACGGCAUUAUUUACUGUUCUGUACCCACCGCUGCACUCGUUGCUCAACAGUUGGGAGUGGACAAGAAAUUCAUCCAUCCUUUGCCAAUGCUAACUCCUACAGUUAUUCAAAGUAGUAGGAAUAACAAACCAGUAACAGUGACCUUGUUGGAUGCCAAUCAUUGUCCAGGAGCAGUCAUGUUCUUAUUUGAAGUGGGCAAGAAGAAAAUUCUGCAUGUGGGAGACUUUCGUUGGAAUCGGGAAUUCAUGAUGCAACAAGCCCCAUUGAGGGCCUUGCACAGGGAAACAUUGGACGAACUCUUUCUCGACACUACUUAUUGCGAUCCAAAGUAUAGUCUUCCAACACAAGAAGAAGCAAUCCAGGCAACCAUAAAAGUGUUUGAAGCUGAAACCAAGAACAAGGGGAAAACAUUGUUUUUGUUUGGGUCCUACACAAUCGGCAAGGAGAGAAUAUACAUGAGAGUGGCUUCGAGAUUCGGAAUGAAAGUAUACGUCGACACUCGGCGAUACAAGAUCUUGUCUGCCCUUCAAUGGUCCAGAGAACAACUGGAGCUUUUGACAACUCGCAAAGAAGAAGCAUCCAUAUGGGUGGUGCCCCUUGGGGAUAUCAACUUCAAAAAGAUGCUCGACUAUAUACCCCUCGCAAAUUCCAAGCCUUUUAGCUUUCCCUACAAACGAGUAGUGGGGUAUCGACCAACUGGCUGGAGCAUGGGAGGCAAACCUUCCUCGGGUAUCAUUAGUACUCGCCAAAAGGAUAACAUGACUGUGCACUCGGUCCCGUACAGUGAACAUUCGAGUUUCCCCGAACUACUGGACUGCCUUGAGUGUCUUAAGCCCCAGCGCAUUGUUCCAACCGUGAGUGUUUCAAAGAGUGAUGAACAGGUACAACUUCUUCUCGGGAGCCUUCGUCACAAGCAAACAAAGUUGAAGUUGUAA